AUGUCACUGAAAAAAUGGAAUUGGUCAACGAUAAGGAAUAUCAUAGCAUUUUGGAUUUUCGGACUAUGCAACAACUACGGGUAUGUAAUUAUGUUGAGCGCAGCCGAAGAUAUUAUGGUACUUCAAGAAGGUGGUAAUGUCACGAAACAAAUACAGAAUUGUGAGGAACACAUCACUGGUCGACAUUGUACCGCAAUUUCUACGGGAGCUGUUCUAUUAGCGGAUAAUCUUCCAUCACUCUUCGUGAAACUUACUUUUCCAUUUUUUAUGCAUCGAAUUCCUUUCGUAUUCCGUCACUUAUUAGUGUGUGCUCUUCAAAGUGCAAGUUAUUUCAUGGUUGCCUUCUCCAUAAAUGUUCCCAUGUCAUUGGCGGGUGUUAGUUUCGCCGCUCUUGGAUCAGGAAUUGGAGAGAUCAGUUAUCUUGCUCUGGCCUCUCACUAUCCUACGCUGGCAAUAGCUGCAUGGUCAUCGGGAACCGGUGCCGCCGGUCUGCUUGGAUCCUUCUCGUACGCGUUUCUAACCGAUCGAUCGAUGGGUGAUCUACAACCGAAAGUUGCUUUGUUGAUUCAACUCUUCAUACCGCUUCUAUUCAUACUUACAUACUUCUUCGUGCUAGUCGUACCAAAGGACGUUCAUCAACCAGGAUGGGAUCCUCAAACAUGGAUAGUUCCAGAGGAAUUGAAUGAACGCGAAGUUUGUGAAACGGAAGACGAGCAGGAAGAGAAGCCUAUGGAGCCUGUGGACAACAGCAGUAAGCCACAUUUAAGAGUGCCACAGAGGAAGUUGACAUUCAUCGAGCGAAUACAGCACAUAGUGCCUCUUCUGCAUCUCAUGAUACCAUUGUCUUUCGUCUACAUUGGAGAAUAUCUUAUAAAUCAAGGAGUGACGCAGCUCGUCAUAUUUAAUUGUCAUGAAGGUUUUCAUCUAACAUUGGGUGCUCAGUAUCGAUGGUAUCAGGUACUGUAUCAAUUCGGAGUAUUCCUAUCACGGUCUUCCGUGAAACUCUUCGCUUUGCCUACAUGGUCACUUUAUUUGCUGCCAGUUCUUCAGGCUUCAAAUUUCUUUUUCUUUUUCUUCGAAGCCAUCUAUUGGUUCGUACCUAGCAUAGGGAUAAUUUUCGGCCUUAUUGUUUUCGAAGGUCUACUAGGAGGUGCAGCAUAUGUGAAUACUUUCGACAAAAUCCAUAAAAUGGUCCCACCUGACGUACGUGAAUACUCUCUGUCAGUAGCUACCGUAGGAGACUCAAUUGGUAUAAAUUUUGCUGGAUUUAUGUCUAUUCCAUUGCAUAACUUUAUAUGUGGUAGACCCAUGCCUUCUGUACGUUGA